UUAAGGGCAGCCAAUGAAAAGAAGGACCCAUCCCUUUAUAAGCACGGUCUUGAUGAAGAGUCAUUCUGCCAAUCCUAGUAUACAGUGAAAAAAAAACAUGCAUCUCAAAGUAGUGAUCUUCGCCUUGUCAUUUUUGACAACCACAGCAUACCCACUCCACCGUACCAGCAGAGAAACAUCCCAGGCACUACGGGACAUGAUGACAAAUCAGGCUCAUGAGAAGACAGACCUCAACAAGGAUGUCAAGUAUGUCCUCAUACACAUACAUAAACAAUUGAAUCAUGAAUCAGAAAUGCAUGUAUACAGUGGGCUGUGGAAGAGCCAUGUGGAGAACAGCAACCUGUAUUUCCAGGACAGCGCCAACCCCAUGGUGAACGAGAUCCGGCACAAGCUUACCCUGGAGUCCGAGAGGCUGCGCGCCCGCCUUCGCCAGGAGCUCACUAAGCUGAGGGAGAUGCUUGCCCCGUACCCUGCCCACCCCCAGUCCAGCGAGUCCACCCUGGCCAGCAUGAGAGAUCGCCUAGGCCCCCUGAUCAAGCAGCUCCAGAGUGCCUUGGACGGCAACAGCCAGGAGCUGUGUAGCCACCUCAGGCUCUACUUUCAGGGAUUGGAGGCAGCGGAACGCCAGGCGGUGGCCGGACCCAUCCUAUACCUGGAGGCUGUGCAGUGGAUCAGCCAGACCUUGGACGACAGCAGUGCCGAAAUGACCUUCCUCAUCCAGGACUUCAAAACCAAGACGUCCAGCAUGAUCAGGGAGCUCAAUGGUACCAUUCAGGGGGACUUCUGCCAGGAGGUGAAUGUCCGGCUGGGACAGGAGGUGCAGGCGUUGAGUCUGGAGGUCCAGGGCAGGGUGGGGGUGCUGAAAGCAAAGCUGGCCCAUCUCCUGCUGGCUCCACAGCCCCUCAAGGCAGUGGUGUCCACCAGUAUGGAGCAGUUCUGCCAGAGUGUCGCCUUACAGGACCAGUUGUUCCAUGCCCGAAUUGAGAAGCACCUUCUGGGGCAGGAGUCACAGGCUCAGAGCCCCAGCGAGCCGCUCUCUCUACAACCUCUGGGCUUAUUGGAGGAGGACUUCUCUGCGAAACUAAGUGCUCUCCUCCAGGAUAUUCUUCACAAUGUCCAGUAAAAGCAGAACAGAACUUUCCACAUAGCAGAAUGAGAGAGAGAGAGAGAGAGCGAGAGAGAGAGAGAGAGAGAGAGAACAUUGUGUCCCAUUAUAGGGAACAUUUAAACUAUAUAAUUGUUUCUGCUCCUCGUGCUUAUAUAUAUCAACUCCUCUACCAUUGUAUAUAGAGUACAGUAAGUAAUCCAUGUAUAUUUAUGAUUUCAUUGUUGUGUUUAUUUCAUGUGGAUGAUUGUUGUAAAGACGUUUUAUGUCAACUGUAAAUAAAGCUUGUGUGAAGUUUA